AUGUGUGGGUGUAUGACUGAUGAGUUGAGGAACUUUUUGGAACUUAAUCUCCCAAAAGUCAAGGAAGGUAAGAAGCCAAAGUUCAGUUUGGGAGUGGCUGAACAUAAGAUUGGUUCUCACAUCUUUCAAGUGACUAAAAUUCCUUGCCAAAGUAAUGAGUUUGUUCAUGAGCUGCUUCGUGGAGUGCAGCUGCAUUUUGAUAGGGUUUAUCAAGGACCUAAAGCCUGUGGACUUGGAAAAAGCCCGAGACUUGGUCUCGGCAGCAGUUACAGCAUGGGGCAAGAAUGGUACUCUUGGCAUUUUCCUGAACUGGGAAAAAGUGUCACUGACAAUUAUCGCUAUGCUAAAGUGGCAAAAAGUAUUGAAGACAAGUCAAGAUUGUCCGAAGACAGACUUCCAGAUUUAACUGAUAUUGUUGGGGAUGAAGAUAAGGCAAAGGAGAUUAUUGAAGCUGCCAAAGCAUCCAUGGGGCAGGAUUUUUCUCUAGCUGACUUGGAUAUUGUUCAGCAAUUUGCAGAGAGGUUGGCGGGUCUAUCUGAUUACAGGAAAGGCAUUUGUGAUUUCCUAGUUACUAAAAUGAAUGAUAUUGCACCCAUUUUGGCCUCCUUAAUUGGUGUGGUAGUUGGAGCUCGAUUGAUAUCUCAUGCCGGUAGCCUUACGAAUUUGGCUAAAUGCCCUUCUUCUACCCUUCAGAUCCCUGGCUCCGACAACUCACAAUUGUAG